UUGCAGAUUAAUGUGCAUGUGGAGAAGCAUGUAUGAGUGUCACCAAGUCCAAAAGCACAUAGUUCAGCAGCUAGAGUACCUCAACACCAUACCAUCAAAAAACCCUACAUCUGAGAUUCACAAACAAUCAACUCUUCAGCUGGAGCUUGAAGUACAGCAGUGGCACCAAUCCUUCUGCAACCUCUUCAAGGCCCACCACGACUACAUCCAAUCCCUCACAGGUUGGCUAAGGCUCACCCUUUUCCAGUUCAGCAAAACCCCUAUAAACCGAACCCCCGAGGAGUCUAAGAUAUACACCCUUUGUGAAGAAUGGCACCUCGCCGUCGACCGCAUUCCGGACAAGGUAGCAUCCGAAGGAAUAAAAAUCUUGUUGACAGUUAUUCAUGCCAUUGCACUGCAACAGGCAAAGGAGCAGAAACAGAAAAAGAAGUCAGAUUCCACAUUCAAAGAGCUCGAGAAGAAGGUGGUUCAGCUGCGAUCCUUGGAGUGCAAGUAUGGUCCAUACUCCAUGCCAGAAUCAUCUGGCAGCUUGAGAACCAGGGACCCGAUCACCGAGAAGCGCACUAAGGUGGAUGCCUUGAAAGCAAAGGCAGACGAAGAGAAGAGCAAAUACAACAAGUCAGUGAGUGUAACGAGGGCAAUGACACUGAACAACUUGCAAAUGGGUUGCCCUCAUGUGUUUCAAGGGAUUGUGGGGUUUUCAAGUGUGUGCAUGGAGGUUUUUGAGUCUGUAUACAACAAAGCCAAAGCUUCUGAACAGGAGCAUGACGUGAAGAGAAUAUUACCAUAA